CGGAGGCGGGCGUUGCUACGGCAACGGUGGGCGGCCAGGGAGUUGCCUGAGGGAAAAGGGGCAGACGUCCCUGGGUUCCGGUGUUCCCGGAGGAGUCGAGGCACGGAGAGGCUUCGGGGGAGGGACGGAAAGAAGGGUGGCCCGCCAGGCGGGCGGGGUCCAUGGAUUCGGGGUGAGGGCCGUCCGCGGCCUCGCUUUCGCCUCCUCCGAGCCGGGCCGGCGAUGGCCGCAGCUGUGAGGCGAGGUCGGGUCCCGUAGCGGCGCGCAGCCUCCUUGGGGGACUCGGGGUCCUGGUUGGUUUCCACAGCUCCUUCUAUCUGAGGGGUACGAAUUUACGGCGGCCUAAAGCCUUAGAACAGUGAUCCCAGGUCGGCAAUUUUAGAACCCGGUAGGACCGGCUGCCAUCAGGGGCCCCAGGUGCAGGGUGGUGCCAGCUUUGAGAGGAAUGGGAGCCUCGUCACCGCGCGCUUCCUGCAUGAGUGGAACCUCAGAAAACGGUCAGCGGGGUUCAGAAGGCAGCAGAUAACACCAAGAACCCUACCAGAAGAAUAGAAGGAAGGUGAUAGGAUGUGAUGACAGAAUUUGUGAUAGCCAAGCAACAACUUUUCCUAAUUCGGCAUGUUAAAAAAUAAGGGCCACUCAUCUAAGAAAGAUAACUUGGCAGUCAAUGCAGUUGCUUUACAAGAUCACAUUUUACAUGAUCUUCAACUUCGAAAUCUUUCAGUUGCAGAUCAUUCUAAGACACAAGUACAAAAGAAAGAGAACAAAUCUCUAAAAAGAGAUACAAAGGCAAUAAUAGAUACUGGACUUAAAAAAACUACACAGUGCCCCAAACUAGAAGACUCAGAAAAAGAAUAUGUUCUUGAUCCCAAACCGCCGCCAUUGACUUUGGCACAGAAGUUGGGCCUCAUUGGGCCUCCACCACCUCCACUGUCAUCAGAUGAAUGGGAGAAGGUGAAACAGCGCUCCCUCCUGCAAGGGGACUCCGUGCAACCAUGCCCCAUCUGUAAAGAAGAAUUCGAGCUUCGUCCUCAGGUGCUGCUUUCAUGCUCCCAUGUGUUCCACAAAGCAUGUCUUCAGGCUUUUGAAAAGUUCACAAAUAAGAAAACCUGUCCUCUCUGUAGAAAGAACCAGUAUCAAACCCGAGUGAUACACGAUGGGGCCCGCCUGUUCAGAAUCAAGUGUGUGACCAGAAUCCAAGCCUACUGGAGAGGGUAUGUUGUUAGAAAGUGGUACAGAAACCUGAGGAAAACAGUACCUCCCACAGAUGCCAAGUUAAGAAAAAAAUUCUUUGAAAAAAAGUUCACAGAAAUCAGCCACCGCAUCCUGUGCUCAUACAACACCAACAUCGAAGAGCUCUUUGCAGAAAUCGAUCAGUGCUUGGCCAUAAAUCGAAGUGUUCUUCAGCAGUUGGAAGAAAAAUGUGGCCAUGAGAUCACAGAAGAGGAAUGGGAGAAGAUCCAAGUGCAGACUCUGCGCCGGGAGACCCACGAGUGCUCCAUCUGCCUGGCCCCUCUCUCCCCUGCUGGCGGUCAGCGCGUGGGCACGGGCCGGCGUUCCAGAGAGAUGGCCCUCCUGUCCUGCUCACACGUGUUCCACCAUGCGUGUCUGCUGGCACUAGAGGAGUUCUCCGUGGGAGACGGGCCUCCUUUCCAUGCCUGUCCUCUCUGCCGCUCCUGCUACCAGAAGAAGAUUCUUGAAUGUUGAAUUCAUAGUCAAGCAAAGUAAGGUAAUUCUGAGGAAAAAAGUUUACCAUCAUUUUGGAUGAACUGCAUGAGUUCUGGGUUAAGUACUACAAUGUAAUCUGUUUCCCAGGGAAAUAAGCUAUUGGUAGUUGUAGGAAAUCUUAGUAUAUUUUAAAAGCUGACAGCCCACCUAAUUUUAAUCUUUGGUCUCUAAAAAGUAAAUUUCAAAUUUAUGAGUUUAAUCACUUCAAAUAUGAAUAGCAAAAAAUGAGAGCUUGCUUACUUCUAAAAAUUGAGGUUAAGAUAUAGCUAGUGUCUGAAUGACACUCCUUAAAGUAAGUUCCAAAUGUAAAACACUCCUUAAGUUCCAAAUGUUUUCCACUAAUACUUUGUCCUAAAGCCUUUGCCAUUCCUAAUACUCGUUUUGUAAUAAUUGCUGUAUUUCUGUGUAAUAAAAUAUAAAAAUAAAAUAUUCAGUGGUAUUCAACAUCAAAAAA